CUACCCACUCUCUCACCUCACUUGUCACACACUAUCUCCUCCUUUCCUCCAAUCUUGUCUUCUCUGCAUUCUUUUCUUUUUCACCCCUUUCACACUUGUCACCAGAAAGGAAAAAAAAAACAAGAUUACUCUUUAGUAUCAAGAAUCUGUAGAUAUAAAUGCAGCUCUUUCUGAAUGAAACACCAUUUUUUUAAUCCUUCAGAGAGGAUAGAUGAAUGAAGUUGUAUCUUCAUUUGAUCAAAUAAAGACUGGAAUGGGAAGCUGGACUGUGAAGUUAGCUAAAAUUGACUUGUUGAGAGUUACAUGCGACUAAAAUUGACUUGUUGAGCCCAGACUCUAUUGAAAAUAACUUAACCUAGAGCAUCUUUUUGAGAUAAUUCCCAGUUAUCUGAAGUACAUUUUGGUCUAAAGGGUAAUCAAGAUUGCUAAAGAUGGUAAUCAUGAGGAGUAGACUUGCCUGCUGUACAAGAGAUAGAGAGAUUAGCAUUGACUUUGAUGAAAAUCAGAGAAUUACAACAUAUGAUGGCCUUGAAAGUAUUUUGAACAGUCAGCCCUAUGACAAUCAAAGUGUCACUAGCAGAGGUGAUGGAGGUGUUACAGAUUCCUUGGAUGAUGAUGACUCAAGUAGCAGUUCCAGCAACAAUGUUUUUGGAUCUUUCUCGUCUCACUGGACAACAAUGAAGAGGGAUGAUCAGGGAUCCGAGGAGUGGGAUUUCUCAGCUAGCCCAAAACAUUACUAUGUAAAAGAAAAGCCGGCUUAUACAACCCAGUUUUCCGAUGUGGAAACAAUGAAAGAAAAAUUUGCAAAGUUGUUACUGGGGGAGGAUGUGACUGGAGGAAGCAAGGGGGUUUCCACUGCAUUAGCUCUGUCAAAUGCCAUUACAAAUCUUGCAGCAUCGGUGUUUGGAGAACUUUGGAAAUUGGAGCCACUUGCAGAGGAUGGGAAGAGGAAAUGGAAGAGAGAAAUGGAGUGGUUUCUCUCUCCUACGAACCAUAUGAUUGAGUUGGUUCCUGCUAAACAAACUGGUUCUGAUGGCCAGAAAAUGGAGAUCAUGGUUCCAAAAGCUCGCGCAGACAUCCAUAUGAAUCUUCCAGCACUUCAGAAGUUGGACUCCAUGCUUCUUGAAGCUCUGGAUUCAAUGGUUAAUACUGAGUUUUGGUAUACGGAAGUAGGUAGCCGAGCAGAAGGAAGAAGCAGAAGUGCUGGGGAGAGCAAAAGGUGGUGGCUUCCGUCACCUCAGGUACCUAUAGCUGGGCUCUCUGACUCUGAAAGAAACAAAUUGUUGAAUCAGGGUAAAUUGGUGAAUCAAAUUUACAAGGCUGCUAAAGCUAUCAACGAAAAUGUAUUGUCUGAAAUGCCUGUUCCAACAAUCAUUAAAGAUGCACUUCCAAAGUCUGGCAGGACAAGUCUCGGGGAGGACCUUUAUAGGAUCCUGAAUGUGGAAUCAACAUGUGUGGAGGUUAUGCUCAAUUCCCUUAGCAUAAGAUCUGAACACAAUGCCCUUGAAGCUGUUAACAGGUUGGAGGCUGCAUUACUUGCAUGGAAAGAGAAAAUAGAUGAACAUGUCUAUGAAAAAUCUCCAGCUCGAACAUCUUGGUCUUUCAAAAAAGAUCCAAUAUCUGAACUGGACAAGAUUGAGGUGUUAUCUAGCAGAGCAGAAGUUCUUCUGCAGCAACUGAAGAAUAAAUACCCAAACCUUCCUCAGACAUUCCUCAAUGUCACAAAGAUCCAAUAUGGCAAGGAUAUCGGAUGUUCAAUUCUUGAAGCAUACUCUCGUGCUCUGUUGAACCUGGCAUUCAGCAUCCUGAUUAGGAUAGGAGAGAUUCUGCAAGAAGACAUUUUGAGCAAUCCCAAUUCUCCCGCGGCUUCAUGCCACCUUCCUGGCAUAAGAAUUCCAGGAUUGACAGAUAGUCCUAUACCUAGUCGUGUGAGGCACUCGUUGAUUGAUCAGAUGAAUAAAACAGAUGGACGAUCUUGUGAUUCUCGUCGUACCAAUGCUUCUGAUAUAGACAUUGAGUUUGCUGAAUCAAGGUUAAGUUCAGUAACUGCGACGCCAAGCCGAAGAGUAUGGUGCAUAGGUAGAGAAGCUUGUAGCAGUAUGUCUGCUGCAAAUUCACCUUGAUAAGCAAAGUUUAACUUUAUUAAUCUUUAUGUAGAUAUAUCUUUUCCAUGCCAAAACAACAGCUUUAUAGCUCGAGGCUGAGUUUUCAUGGAUUAUUAUUGAAAACUUGCCCUCAUUUACAAUACACAAAUCCAGUUGAGCAUUAUUAUUAAGCUCCUGUUUUACCAUA